AUGGCAGCGCUAGGAGAGGAUCUACUUGGGGUGGUCAACCGGCUGCAAGACCUGGUCUUCAAUACCAUCGGCAACGAUUCGCUGGACCUCCCUCAAAUUGUCGUCGUUGGAUCGCAAUCUUCAGGAAAAUCCUCCGUCCUCGAGAACAUCGUCGGCAGAGAUUUCUUACCCCGUGGCUCUGGCAUCGUCACCCGCCGGCCCCUCAUCCUCCAGCUCAUCAACGUGCCCUCCGAGCGAGACGACAAGCCCGGCGAUGAUGAGAUACACGUCCCUCAUACACCGGCGUCAGUGGCCGGGCAGGAGGAAUGGGGCGAGUUCAACCACAUCCCCGGCCAGCGGUUCUACGACUUUGCUUCCGUGAGGAGGGAGAUUGAGAACGAGACGACACGAAUCGCGGGCAGCAACAAGGGCAUAAACCGACAACCCAUCAACCUCAAGAUCUACUCGCCUCAUGUCCUGAGCUUGACGCUGGUCGAUCUGCCAGGUCUGACCAAGGUUCCAAUCGGAGACCAACCUACCGACAUCGAGAAGCAGACGCGGAAUCUCAUCUCAGAAUACAUCGCAAAGCCGAACAGCAUCAUACUCGCAGUGUCGCCUGCAAACGUGGACAUUGUCAACUCAGAGGCUCUGAAACUUGCCCGACAUGUUGAUCCAGUCGGCAAGCGGACGAUUGGUGUCCUUACCAAGAUUGACCUGAUGGAUCACGGCACGAACGCUCUCGAUAUCCUUUCUGGCCGUGUAUACCCACUCAAGCUUGGCUUCAUUGGCGUUGUCAACCGCUCCCAGCAGGACAUUCAGGGGAACAAACCCAUGUCGGAAGCCCUUGCAUCUGAAAGGGAGUUCUUCCGCAUGCACCCUGCAUACCGCAACAUCGCGCCGAGAUGUGGCACGCAGUUCCUCGCCAAGACACUCAACACGACUCUCAUGGGCCAUAUUCGGGAGAAGCUGCCAGAUAUCAAAGCGCGACUGAACACGCUCAUGGGCCAGACACAGCAGGAACUUGCGUCGUACGGGACCGACUCCUUCACUGGCAAGGAGCAUAGGGGGAGCCUUAUUCUCAGCCUCAUGACCCGAUUCGCAACUUCAUUCAUCUCAUCUAUCGACGGUACAUCUUCCGAGAUCAGUACCAAGGACCUCUGCGGUGGCGCGAGGAUAUACUACAUCUUCAACUCGGUCUUCGGCAACAGUCUCGACACCAUCGACCCGACUCAGAAUCUCUCUGCUCUCGACAUCCGAACUGCGAUCCGCAACUCUACUGGACCCCGACCUUCCCUCUUCGUUCCCGAACUCGCUUUCGAUCUGCUGGUGAAGCCGCAAAUCAAGCUGCUGGAGGUGCCUUCUCAACGCUGUGUUGAGCUGGUGUACGAAGAGCUCAUCAAGAUCUGCCACACGUGUGGCUCGAACGAGCUGGCAAGAUACCCGCGUCUGCAGGGCAAAUUGAUCGAAGUGGUCAGCGACCUCCUCCGUGAGCGCUUAGGGCCUGCCUCCAACUACGUGGAGAGCUUGAUUUCCAUUCAACGCGCGUACAUCAACACGAACCACCCCAACUUCCUCGGUGCAGCGGCUGCAAUGAGCAAUGUCAUGCAAGAUAAACACGACAAGGAGAAGCGCGUUGCAGCUGCAGAGGAGAAGCGGAAACGCGACGCACGGAGGCGGAAAGAGUUGAAUGGCGUCAAUGGCGCUGAGACUCCUGAGGAUGGUGAAGAGGAAGAACAUCAGCAGUCUGUGUUACCCAUUCGAUCCGGCGUACAAAAGAGCAAAGAGAGCAGGAGCAUGAGCCCAGCGGUUGGAAGAGAUGGGCACAGAUUACAACACUCGAUUACCGCGCCGAAUGGCACAUCAGGUGGCAGUGGGCGAGAUUCAUUCUUGAACUACUUCUUCGGCAAGGAGAAUGGAGCUGCCAGUGCUGGUGCUUUGCCCGGUCAGAGUGCUGCCGGUGGUCUGCCUGGUGGAAGCAGGCACGUCAGCCAGAACCUCGAGCCCAGCAUUUCUGCGAGUCUACGGAGGCCCGACACCAAUCCGCGCCCAUUGAGUAUGCCCGAACCAGUCGAGGAGCCUGACUACAGCGACUCUGGAUUCCCCCACGACGAACACGCCCCGCCCGCACUCACGGAACGCGAAGCCCUCGAGACCGAACUCAUCCGCCGCCUUAUCUCGUCCUACUUCAACAUCGUCCGCGAGAGCAUUGCCGACCAAGUUCCCAAAGCAGUCAUGCACCUGCUCGUCAAUCACAGCAAAGACGUUGUGCAGAAUCGGCUGGUCAGCGAACUAUAUCGGGAAGGCUUAUUCGAGGAGCUGCUGUACGAGGACGAUGCUGUGAGGGAGGAGAGGGAGAAGUGUGAGAAGUUGUUGGGCACGUAUCGGGAGGCGGCGAAGAUUGUUGGGGAGGUAUUGUAG